AUGAAAGAGAGAAGAAUUGCAAUGCAGCAACGAACAUUGUUGAAGAAUUUUAGUCAUAGAAAUUUUUAUGCAUUCAACGUGAUUUCAAGUUACUUACAAUUAAUCUCGAGGGUCAAUUUUACAGCAAUCAAAACAUUUGAACGUCGAAGAUCAUCCGUUCAUCGUGUUGUGUUGAAACAAAGACCUGUGAGACGAAGAACUCCCCUUCAUCAAUCACCAACCUGUUGUGUUUACGAGGCUGUUUCAACCGUGUUUACUAUAACAAACACCUUCAAAGAAAUUUAA